AUGACUUGCGCAGACAUUGGGCUGAGGACAUCAGGAAAAAUGGAGGCCGCAUCUGGUUCCGAGGCAGGGCAAUGCCCAAUGGAAAACUCGAGGAAUUCGACAAAGACGCAACCUUCCCACUACAAGAUCUCUCCACGCUCAGAUGAGGACAGAAAGUAUACCUACUGUAUGGCAGACAUUGACACCCUCUGUGAAGAACUGGGUAUUCCAUGGGAAGCAGAGAAGGACAUCCCGUUCCAGUCAGCAGUACCGUUCAUUGGGUUCCUCUGGGAUCUGGAGCGGGGUGAAGUUUCCAUCACGAGUGGAAAGCAAGAGAAGUAUCUCACUGCCAUCACAGCCUGGGAGGAGAGCACAAAGCACACCUUGGAAGAGGUGCAAAAGCUCUAUGGCAAACUCCUCCAUGCUUGCCUGGUCAUCCCAGCAGGACGUGCUUACCUCACCCAGCUGGAGGCCUGCAUGGGCAUCUUCCACAAUCGUCCGAGAAACUCCAAGGACCAUGCAUCUCCAGACCCAUCCCCUGACCAACCCCCAUCAUUGACCUCAUCGCGUACUCAGAUGCAAGCUCUGAAGUCGGCAUCGGCAUCACGAUUGGCCAAAAGUGGCGAGCCUGGCGACUCCUCCCAGGAUGGAAGGCAAACAACCGAGACAUCGGCUGGGCAGAGGCAGUCGGUUUCUUCUUCCUGGUCAUCACUCUCCGCAAUGCAUGCCAUCACCCGGGCAUCCACUAUGCGGUCUAUGGAGACAAUCAAGGAGUCGUGGAAGGAUGGUGGAAAGGUCGCAGCAGGAACUGGCCAACAAACAGUAUCUUCCGUAUGGUACACACAUUCUCGCAAGAAAAUAGCCUCACUGCCCACACUAGAUAUGUUCCCAGUAAGGAGAACCCAGCUGACGGCCCUUCUCGUGGAGAAUAUGGCACGACGCAAGACCUCCUCCCUGCCAUCAACAUCCCCAAUCACCUCCAGCACUAUGUCGUCGAUUUCGACACACCUCAUAUGCCAACGGAACUCCGCCUUGCACGAGAAGGCAAAGCAGCCCUCGCCGCCCCCAGGAUCAGCCCAGCCACACGACUCCUCCAACGCCAAAGCACCUCAGAGGGCCAGAUCCUCCAUGAAGAAGAAAUCCUCGCCCACUUCCAAGCCAGCAACCAAGCGGCACCGCUUCUCUCCAGAGCACCGAAGCACAAAUGGAGGGCCAGUGCGUGACCACACACGGGCUCGAGCUUCACGAAAACCUGCGCCGUACCCUCCUGACCUCACACCAGUACCAUCCACACUCCGCCCACACGUCUUUGCUCAAGAACGGCUUACACGUUGGAGACCAACCACGGUCCGUACUGCCACUGACAACCAGGGCCGGCCCACCCAUCUCUCCGCUGAAGACCUGGCCCGCAUUCUCGAGGUAAUGGCCGGGGCGUGGGCGGAUGGGACUCUGGAAGUCUAUGGGACAGGCCUCCUCACCUGGCACGCCUUCUGCGACAAGAACAGAGUUAGUGAGGAUCAGAGGGCCCCAGCCUCACCCCUCCUCAUCGCCUCUCUCAUAGCCACCCUCUCAGGUGCUUUCUCUGGUGGCACCAUCGCCAACUACGUCUAUGGCAUCCGGGCAUGGCACAUCCUGCAUGGGGUCCCAUGGAAGAUGGUCGACCCUGAACUGGAGGCACUGCUCAAGGCCGCAGAAAAAGCAACCCCACCCACGUCAAAGAGGAAGAAACGCCAGCCAUACACAAAAGAUUUCAUGGUUGCUAUUCGCGGUCAGCUAGACCUCUCAACGCCCCUCCAUGCUGCCGUUUAUGCCUGCUUGACAACCACAUUCUGGUCAGCUGCCCGAGUUGGUGAGUUCACGGUCAAAAACCUGACAAGCUUUGACGCAAACAAACAUGUCAAACCCUCAAACGUUACAACCACGACAGACCAGAACAGCUUCGAAACAACCGAGUUCUUCAUCCCCUCCACAAAGUCUGAACCCACCAACAGAGAGACAGUCUCAUGGUCGAGACAGAACGGAGACACAGACCCGGAGACUGCAUUCCACAAUCACAUAGAUGUCAACUCACCGCCAAAUGGUGGCCACCUCUUUGCGUACAAAGUAGGCUCAGGAUACAAGCCACUGACAAAGCACAAGUUCAUUCAAAUUCUCACCACCGCAGCACGAGCAGCUGGCCUAGAGCCACUUCAAGGCCAUGGGAUCAGGAUUGGGUCAACACUCGAGUACCUCCUGAGGGGGAUUCCAUUCGAUGUGAUGAAGCAAAGGGAAGGUGGGCAAGUGACGCCUUCCUCGUCUACCUCAGGAAGCAUGCCCAAAUCCUCGCACCAUACAUGCAAGCAGACCCAGUCCGCCAGGAAGAAUUUAUCAGGCUAA